GUACUGUAGUAUGCCAUACUCUGGUUUGGUACCGGUGGCGUUAAACUUAGUUAGAAAUAGACAAACUACAGAACUAGGAAAGCGAUAGUAUUUCAUUUAUAUUUCCGUAUUAGUUAUUAGCUUAUAUAUUCUUCCGUCCUGCAGUUAGUAGAGUAAUUUCUGUAUUACUGUAUUACAGUAAUAGACUCAUUUAUCUCAAUAUGCCUGCUACAGUACACCGCGGAAUGGUGAAUAAAAAUAUUCACAUGGAUGGUAAAACAGUUUUAAUUACUGGAGCAAACACUGGAAUUGGUUUGGCAACUGCUAUUGAUAUGGCCAAUCGUAACGCCAGAGUUAUUAUGGCUUGUCGAGAUAUGGAAAAGGGAAAUGCAGCAAAAGAAAAAGUUAUUCAAGAAACUGGUUCAAAUGAUGUUAUUUUGAAAGAACUUGAUCUUGCUUCAUUUGAAUCCAUCAGAGAAUUUGCCGCUGAUAUCAAUGAAAAUGAGCCGAAACUGCAUGUUCUCAUAAACAAUGCAGGGGUGAUGAUGUGCCCUCCGAUGAAAACAAAAGAUGGUUUUGAGAUGCAGUUUGGUGUGAAUCAUCUUGGGCACUUUUUGCUGACUAAUUUAUUAGUCGAGUUAUUAAAGAAAAGUGCCCCAAGUCGUGUUGUCACAGUGUCAUCAACUGCUCAUUACAAAAUGUACGGAUGGGGAAAAAUACAUUGGGACGAUCUUAAUUUUGAAAAGAAAUAUGACGCACAAAAAGCCUAUGGACAGAGUAAAUUGAUGAAUGUUCUGUUUUCAAGGGAACUUUCUAAACGUCUUCACGGUACGGCAGUAACGACGUAUGCACUAGAACCUGGAGUAGUUGACACUGAACUUGUUCGCCACUAUGGAAAGAAUGAGAAUCCUUCUUUAUGGGACAAACUUUUCAACUCACUAAAUUAUCUGCCACUAAAGUUUCUAUUUAGAACUCCAGAGCAGGGUGCUCAGACACAAAUAUAUUGUGCUGUCGCACAUGAGUUGAACGAAGUUUCUGGGAAAUAUUAUGCUUCCUGCAAACAAACUGCUGAGUCAUGGGAUGCACAAAAUGAUGAAUAUGCAAAACGUCUCUGGAGAAUAAGUGAAGAAUUGACUGGUCUAGCAGAAGAGUCGAAUAGCCCAAGCCAUAAACUGUUAUCUCAAAAAUUUUGAUCAAUUGUAGAGUGAUUGUAAGGGCAAUGCUUGAAUACAAUAUGUUAUAUUAGUUCCUGAUAUUGUAAUUUGUAUAUUUCAGUUCAUUCCACCUUUUUCUAAUUUCUCCAUUCUAUAUUUUUUUUAUCAGAAGGGAUGUUUCCCCGACCUUUUACCCCAGAGAAAUUCUUCCUAUACUUCACCAUUGCUCUUGAUGAUUGGCCAAUGUUACUGAAAUAAACAAGGAAGUCUAUGAUCAAGGAAACAUCCACUAUACAGAAAACUGUAGAAAUUGAUAAAACAAUCAUACCCUAAUUUGCGCUGUGCUAUGUAAUUGUCGCCUUGUUAUAAAAAUAUGUUUCAUUCUUAUAUUAUUAUAUUCAAUUUCUUUAAAUAUAUUUCAUAAUAAUUAUGUACAAAUUAUAGCACUUAAUAUUACAAUCAUACAUACUUUAAUUUGCACUGUAAUUUUUUUAUUAAUUAAUAAAUAUGCACAAUUUUAUGAUGAAUUGUUGUACAUUGUGUUUUAUAUUGUCUUCAAUCCUAACUUGGAUGUUCAUAUGUAAUAUAAUAAUAUCGUUAUUUACUGAUUACUGUGUUCAACUUUUUUAACUUCAAUUUUUGAGUUGAAUUUAUCAAUGGUAAAUUCACCCCCUGGGGAUUAGUUUGAAUUGCAAUGGCCCAUGGGCAGUGAUGAGGUUCGAAAUUUUAGGAAAGGGCUCGCACUAACCCUUUCAGAGCCCCACCGUUGCCCCGUGGGUAAAUUUUGCAAGAAAGAUAUUCACUUUUUUAUUUGUUACAAGAAUUGGAAACUGGUUUCGUAUCUGUACAUGAUUGCAUAGCAGAGUGCAAUAUUUUUGGGGUCGCUACUCCUCUGUUGAGUAAUAUAUACUAGUAUGAGGUCUGUUUGUUACUAUUUAAUAAAAAAUCAGCAUUGUUGUAUGCUUUAAUUAUAAUCAAUUUAAUUGUAAUUAACUCAACACAAUCAAUUAUAAGCUUCCAAAGCUCUGUCAAAUCAUUAUGGGUAUUUUGUAAAAGUAAAAAAUUUGGUGAAUUUUACUUUACUAGAGAAUGAAAGCUAUUAUAUGCUAUUAUGCAUAAAUUAAGCAAUAAACAGAAAUGUUGAAUGAUCAUCAUAUGUUUUUUUUUUACAUAUCGUUCUGUAAAACGUAACUUUAGUGAAAACACUGUUUGCUUUAUUAUAAUACUUGAGUGACAAAAAAAAGUUUCAGCUUCCAAUUGUAAGCAAAUUAUUUGUAUCAACUGUGCAAGUUCUGUUAAAAAAUUUACAAUAUACAUGUUUUUCUUAUGGGUUUUUGGUGAGUGAAGUUAUAGCUUUAUUUUGAAAAACCAUUUUUAUCCACUGAUUGUGUUUGUGUACUGUGCUACAUAUUAAUAGAGACUGAAUUUUAUAUACAAGAUAUUUAGAACAGUGCUUCUCAAACAGCAGGGCGCGCCCCACAAAAGGGCGUAGACAAUUUUUUGAGAGGGCGUAAAACUAAUUAAAAAUAUUUGUUAGACUGGGUCUUGCCGGCCCUAUUUUGGAUAUUAACAUUUUUUAUUGUUUAGAGAAUUGCGAUUC